GUAUGAAAUAUCGCCAAGGUCAGUCAAUACGACGAUUUGCUAUCUUCAUAUCGUUUAGGCUAUACGUUUAUCCGUAUAUAGUAGUUUUUACACAUGACCUUUUUAGGUUGGUAUAAGUUUUUGUCAGUAAAUAUAAAAUGACCCCUAGAUCGGUCGAUACACCAGUGACAGAGUUGUAUUUCGUUUGAUUACAUAGGCAGGUCAAUCGACGCGCAGAUAUAUUACAUAUAUACUGCAAGGCUGAUUUGUGCAUAGUAAAGAUGGACAAUUCUGGGAUGCAAAUCGAUGUCGAAUCCUUGGAAACAUUCAUCUGCAAAUUUUAUACAAAAGCUGAUGAACGCUACCUCAAUUUAUUAAAACAACACGGACAUCACAUAAGAGCAGUGAAAAUUAUCUUGGAUCAACACGAGAAAGUGAAUCGAGAAAAUGCCUGUCAAGUUUUAGAAAUUCUUUCGAAAACAGAAAAUCAGAAAGUGUCUUCCUUGACAGUCGAGUUUAACGGUGAAAAUCCGUUAUUUUACGGUGGUCUGGAAUUUAUUCAAAGUUUAAAAACAUUUUUUAACUCUGACGCUACGAAUGCUGGAUUAUUAACUACGGUAGAUUUGGGUGGAUUAUGGGUUGAUUUAACUCAAGAACUUCUAGAUGUUUUAUCGAGUAAUCAUCCAAAUCUCCAGACUCUCAAUAUACAGAAUCGUAGUUUAAUUUGUAAAAUUCAUCCCGAUUGUUUGGUAAGAUUGGUGGGACGAUGUACCAACUUAACACAUCUCCGUUUAUUCUAUUGUAGUCUGUCUGACGAGGUUCUCCAGGCGUUAAGCGACGAAUCAAGAAAACCUAUCCAACAUUUAUCCAUCAAGUGCAGACGCCAGGAGAAUUACAUCAAAAUUAUUUCCCCUGAAUCCUGGAAAUCGCUGGUUCAAAAAUCUCCCAAUCUAAAAGUAACGAUGAUUUUUGAUCAUGACUGCUUUCAGGAGAAGGUGUCGGCCAUUUUGAAUCCCGUCAUUCCAGUUUACGACCUUAGGUUAGAAACAAUGGCGCCAGUGCACGACAGUAUCAAUAUGGCUGCGAACUCUUUUGCCGGAAGUCUAGAGCAUGUGAUAUUAAGAACUCGAAGUUCGCGGGAAUUAGAAGAAGCCUUAAUCAACCUGGUUACAACUUGUCGUAAGCUGACGAGUCUGGAUGUGUACUGUGCUGUAACUGACGAUAUAAUAGAACAAAUUUUAUCUCUUUGCCCAACUUUGAAAGAGAACGGGAAAUACGUUUUAAAAUCUACCAUAACAGUAGCAGAAGACGGCAUCGAAAGUUAAACGUACAUUAUGCAAGAGCUAAAUCUGCCUAUUGCAGGUCUUUCCUUAGUCAUGAAAUGUUAUCUAAAUUAUUAAUUAGACAUUAGUUAACUUAUCCAGACCAUAAUCAACUUUCGAUAUCAUCGAUAGCCUUUGAUAUUCACUUGAUUUGAAUCCGAUCUGCUGCUCAACGCUCAUUGAUGAUUUAAUCCAAAAGUGGAUAAUCGAGGCUGUGUUUUGUUAUCGUACGGACUUACAUUAUCUAGUUUUUCACUAUAAUAGUGAGAACUGCCAGCUCUUUAUCUAAUCUCCCAUAAUGUAUCUUUAAUAUGGUGUUUCAUUCAAACCAGUAUAAUCUUUUGAAUUAAUUAAUUUUACCAUUACAGCUUUUCAUCACAAAUAUAAAUAAAAUGGGGUUUGACGUCAUACUUGUCCACACCCACUGGGUUAAUGAAGACAGGCAUACGAUAUGCUAUGAGGGAAUUUUGCCCGAAUAGCGGUGUGUUCGCUUAUAUUUCAGGGGGAUCACGUGGCUAAGUGGGUAAGACGCUGGCUCGCUAGCCUGGAGUUCGGGUGUUCGAUCCCUGCAUUGACCGUGAAAGUUCAUCCAGAUUUUCCGGCGUGGUUUCCCCUUUUCAGUGAUGCAGGACGGAGGGCCUGACAAGGACAGCUGUCUAGUCGUUCGGAUGGGACGAAAAACCGAGGUCCCGUGUACAUAUUGGCAUACACGUAAAAGAUCCCUUGGCAGUUGGAAUUCGAUAUAUAAGAGUAGGCCGUAGCGCCGCUGCCCGGGCAAAAUUUUCCUCAUAGCACACUGUAUGGCGUAUGCCCGUCUUCAUUAGCCCAGGUUAGGAGCAGAACAGUAGGACGUUAAACCCCAUUUCAUGUCAUUUCAUAUAAAUAAAAUGGGGUUUGGCGUCAUACUUUUCUACACCCACUGGGUUAAUGAAGACAGGCAUACGAUAUGCUAUGAGGGAAUUUUGCCCGAACAGCGGUGUGUUCGCUUAUAUUUCAUGGAAUUUCAAGUGUUAUGGGUUGUUUUACUUGCAAUUUAACGUGCAUCCCAAACUUAGGCUGCCUGUCUACAGCUAGCUCCGCCUAAGAACAGGCCCUAGGCUAAUUAACCGACAUUUUAAUUCCUACAUCGACGAUUUUAGUCGAAAACACUGAAUAUGCUUUUAGAAAUUUUUAGAUAUAUUUAUUUCUCUUCUAUUUUCAUAUUGAAUGCAAUUAAAUAUGAUUAUUUAGCCGUUAUGUGUAUGAAAGAUGUCAAACUAAUCAAAGCGGAAUCACAAAAUAGUCCACUAAUUAUUCAAUAUGGCGGCGUCCAUGAAAGAUAAUUUCACAUAAGCGGUUUUGUUUGCGAAGACACAUUUAGGAGUAUCUAACCUUGUUUUGAAAGAUAAACAGAUUGAAAUUGUAAAGACAGUUUACUAUGGUAAAGACUGUAUUGCAAUAUUACUCACUAGCACAUAUUAUAUAUCGCUUUUACCGGAGUGGCAAAAGUCGACAUUUUCGCUAACUUGACAUUUGUUUACAUAAACCAUGUGCUUCGGGUGUACAAAGCAGUAGGCUAGUCGAUAAGUCCCGCCCCAAAAUAAUCACGUGAGCGUUUUAAAUGGACGGCAUUUAGGGCAGUGAUGUUAUUCUCGAAGUAUGACGUAGAUGGAUCACUGCGUGCAUUAUGGCUAACGUGACUAGACGCGGUUUCUGAUUGUUUUCAAAUUUGAGUGAAGUCUGUGUCACUACCAUGUUCCUGAAUCAACGACUGCGAGUCUCACAACCACCGACAAGUGGAGAGACCACGCUGACAAUACCGCCUGCAUUACCCAGUUGCUGAGCAAAAUUUCCCUCAUAACACACUGUAUGUCGUAUGCCCGUCUUCAUUAUCCGAGUCUGAGCAGAACAGUAGGACGUUAAACUCCAUUUCAUUUCAUCUAAGGACCCAAUUAACCCUGGCGAUUGCUAAACAAAUAAUAAAUUAAUAAGGAAACUAAUUUUAUUACAUCUUACAAAAUUAUAAUAUUAUAUAAAAUAUGA